ACCAGUGCACCCAGAGGACGCCAGAAAGAUGAGAGAAACAGGUCUGCAUCUCAUGCGGCGCAUGCUUGCUGUGCUGCAGAUAUUUGCUGUCAGUCAGUUUGGUUGUGCUACAGGUCAGAUACCCCGCACCCUCUGGCAGAAGGACCAAGCUAAUAAAGACUAUUCCCCUUUAAUUAAGAGACUGGAGCUGUCUGUAGACAAAGUGAAGCAGUUGAUAUUGAAGCACCAGCAGCAGAACCAUGUUGUCAGCUACUCCAGCAUGCAGGAUGUUCCCUUAGGAGGGCGAGAUGAGCUGACUCUGGCUGUGCGGAAGGAGCUGACCAUUGCUUUACGAGACCUUAUGGCUCAUGGGCUCUAUGCUUCUUCUCAAGGGAUGAGCUUGGUGUUGGCACCCAUUGCGUGUUUGAUUCCUGCCUUUACCUCAUCACCACAGACCAUGCACCCAUGGGAGCUCUUUGUUAAGUAUUACAAUACCAAGAAUGGUCGCGCCUUUGUGGAGUCCCCAGCUCGCAAACUCUCCCAGUCCUUUGCCCUGCCUGUGACAGGAGGUGUUGCUGUGACCCCCAAGCAGAGCCUGCUGACGGCUGUUCACACUGUUCUCACGGAACAUGAUCCCUUCAAACGCAGUGCAGACUCUGAACUGAAGGCCUUGGUGUGUAUGGCUUUAAAUGAGCAGCGCCUGGUGUCCUGGGUGAACCUCAUCUGCAAAUCUGGGGUUCUGAUACAGUCUCACUAUCAGCCCUGGAGCUACAUGGCCAACACAGGCUUUGAGAGUGCACUCAAUAUUCUCAGUCGCCUGAGCAACUCAAAGUUCAACCUCCCUGUGGAUUUGGCUGUCCGGCAGCUGAAAAACAUCAAAGAUGCUUUUUGACAUGUCCUUUGCAGAUCAGCCCCCACCUCCUCUUAGUAGGCAGCUAUUGAUCUCAAGGAGCUUUUUCUUAAGACCAAGCUUGGUUCAUUUGAGGAUGAUCUUAAAUUUUACUUGAGUGUCUCAAGUACUUGAAUGUCUCAACACUGGAAACCUUCACUGCUCGAAUGCCUGUGAGGAAAUGCUGCAGGCUUUUAGGUUGAGCACCCAACCCCUCAGGCCUAUGCUCAUGCAGCUCUUAAGUCAGUGAAGCUGCUACAGCCAUUUGCAGAGGCCCUACCACUAUCAUGUGGUAGAAGUGAGGAGCUGCCUGAAAUGUAAUAAACAAGAGCCUGAUUAUACAGCCAGUACAUAGGAGCAGUUUCCUUUUUUUUUUUUUCCAGAAGCAACACCUAUGCAGCACCUGCACAGUGAGCCCUCACAAUUUUUAGACUAAAGCGGGGGUUUUCAACCUUUUUGGAUCAGUGUACCCCCGGUGGCUGGAUGCAGAGUAGUGUACCCCUGGCGGCAACACAGGGCGGGGAUGGGGAGCGUGGCACGUGGCCAGAUGUGGAGUAGGGGCAACCAUUGCGUGCAAGCUUCCCCCACCUCCCAUGUCCUGCCGGGCGGUGCCUGCACAGCAGUACAGGAUGGUGCAUAGUGGCAUUCCAUCCCCACCGGCCAGCAUGUACCCCUGGGGGUACACUUACCCCUGGUUGACAACCCCUGGACUAAAAGAUACCAUUUGUAGCAUUUUGCUAUUCAGUGCAGGGGGAAGGAGGUAGUGAAAUAGUUUUAACAAAUACCUUGUUGCACUUGAUGCAACCUGGACUGACAUCCCAUCUCCUCUAUUUAUGUAUAGUAUUGAUUAAAUGUAUAAGAGGUCUGGGCCGACAUGGUUACUUGGGUAAAUGUGAUAUCUUUUAUUAGACAAACUGAAUGGUUGGAAAAAUUGUUUUUUGCAAGCUUUCAGGCACAGGUGCCCUUCAGGCAUAGGGAGAGCCUGCUGGUCUUCUCUCUAGGAUCUGAAUAGAAGCUUAAGCCAGUACUCAAAAUGCAAGUCUGUAAAAAUGCAGGUGCAUAGCUGAGAAGAUCAGAGGGGAGGGGGUUGGGCAACAGAAAGGGAAUGCCAACAGAUGAUAAAAUGCAGCUGGGAAAAUAUAGAGAGCUUACUUGGGGUUAUUGGGUGGCAGGCAGGUUAUAAUGUGCCAUAAAUUCAGUGUCUACAUUUAGUGCAUUAUUUUUUGCAUCCAGUAGAUUUACCAAGUGAAGUUCGUAGGCUUGUCUAUGAAAAGUGCUUUAUAAAUUCCAUUUGAGUAUUGGAGAAAGAGUGGCUAUCUUAUGAGAAAUGUGCACCCACAGAUAGUUGGGUAUUUUUGUCUUUUACAGAUUCUUGGUGUGUGUUCAUUCUGGUAUGCAGUUGUUCGGUUUCUUUUAUGUAGCUUCCAUCUGGGCAUUUAAUGCACUGGAUGAGAUGUACAGGCAGUCCUUGACUUACAGCGUUUUGAGUUACAAUGUUCUGCACUUACAACAUUUAUAAAUUGACACUGUUUCAACUUUCUGACGCCUGUUUCAACUUUACAA